UCUCUCUCUCUUCAAUUAAUCCUAAUAAAAUCUAAACUUUCAUUCCCUAUAUAUCUGAAUCACUGAUUCCAUUCCUUGUUCUUGUUUUCUCACAUUGAAUUUUAUAAUCAAAUUCCUUGAGGUUGUUUUUGCAAAGUGGUGGUGACUGGUGAGUCUAAGAUCUUCAGAAAAUCAAAAGAUUAAAGAUCAUAACCAGUUUGUCCAUUUUUAAAGAUUUUCAAUACUUCAAGUUUCAUUAGAAGUCGUCGCUUUCUUUGUUGGUGCAGGAAUUGGGGCACAAAGACUUGCAUAUCAUUCGUAGUAGCUUGACAUGGUCAUCCUUCUACCUUGGAGUUCAUAUCAAACAACAUGUUCCCUGGAAGGUUUUCACUGACGGACCACAAAGUGGUAGAAGAUAAUAGUUCUGAAGAAAGCAUACUUCAUGAUCUUUGGCCACUUGAUGAAGUUGAUCCUACAAAAGCUAAAUUUCCAUGUUGUUUAGUCUGGACUCCACUUCCUGUGGUUUCAUGGCUGGCACCUUUCAUUGGACAUGUCGGUAUCUGCCGAGAGGAUGGGACUGUCUAUGAUUUUGCAGGAUCCAAUUUUGUGAAUGUGGAUGAAUUUGCGUAUGGUAGCGUAGCCAGAUAUGUUCAACUCGACCGAAAACAGUGUUGCUUUCCGCCAAACUUGUCAGGCCACACAUGCAAGCAUGGGUACAAACAUUCAGAGAAUGGAACCGCCAUAACAUGGGACGAUGCACUACGCUCAUGCAUGAGUCACUUUGAGCACAAAUCCUACAAUCUCUUCACUUGCAACUGCCACUCAUAUGUUGCCAACUGUUUGAACCGUCUCAGCUAUGGUGGAGACUUGGGCUGGAAUAUGGUCAAUGUCGCAGUUCUAGUGCUGUUAAAAGGGCAAUGGGUUAAUGUCAUGGGAGUCGUUAGGUCAUUCCUCCCUUUCUUUGUGGUUUUCUGCCUGGGAAUAUCAAUGGCAGGAUGGCCUUUUGUUUUUGCCUGGUCUGCUUUCUCUUUUCUUCUUAUGACAUGGUUUCUAAUCGGUACUUACUGCUUCAAGAAUCUCCUUGAUUGCUAACCCAUUAAGAAUGCUUCUUUUAUGAUCAUUCUUUUUUACAUACCAGUAACUAAUCCGAGAGUUUGUAGUUUAAGUUGGUGACUGAAAGAGAACAAGAAUUGUACGUAUCUGAUCGCUGCAGAAAAUGGGCAUUUCUUAUAUAAACUUCAACAUAUAAAUUACGUUAUACAGUUGUUUUUCUUUUUA